GACGACCACGCCGUUCAAACCUGUAAUCUUGUCUCCCGUUUACUAUGACAUUUCCUGUAAAUACAGAUGCAGACCCUGACCCGACAACCCAGAUGACAUGGCCUUCCACAAGACAUAGGCAACGUACGGGCUCUGGACAACCUCAAGGCCUACAUGACAGUACUUUGGACGAUGUCGAUGCAGAUCAGCACUCUCAGGAUACAGUCUAUGUUUCGAAGCAGGCUCAGUCGAGCACAGAGCUAGGGAAGACACGGCUUACCACUUGGAACCUUAUCACGCUGAGUAUAUCAAUGGCGGGAGCUCAGGUUGCGUGGACCGUAGAAUUGGGAUACGGAACUCCCUUCUUGCUUUCUCUCGGUAUAUCAGAACAGCUAACAAGUCUUGUGUGGUUGGCUGGCCCGUUGAGUGGGCUCAUUGCUCAGCCUCUAAUAGGUGCUAUCUCUGAUUCUUCGACCUCCAAAUAUCGGCGGAGGUAUUGGGUUAUACUGUCUACUAUUGUCUUAGGCGUCUCGACAUUAGGGCUGGCAUACUGUCAAAGUAUUGCCGCUUUUUUCGUGGAUCUAUUUGCUGUAGGAGCGGGUGACUGGGACCCUCAAAGGGCAAAGCAGGCAGCAAACACAGCCAUUGGCUUGGCUAUUUUCUUCUUCUAUUUGCUAGACUUUGCUCUCAACGCAUUGCAAGCUUCUCUCCGCAACCUUCUGCUUGAUAUUACCCCUCCCGACCAGCUCAAUGCUGGUAAUGCAUGGCAUGGAAGAAUGGCCCAUGCUGGAAACAUAAUUGGCUAUGGUUUUGGAUAUCUUCCUCUGGCACAGCUACCCCUGCUUCGCUUGUUGGGUGGUGAUCAAUUUCGGAAAUUCUGUGUGGUGACCAUGAUUGUUCUGACCGUCACCGUAUGGAUAACAUGCUUCUGUCAUGAGGAGAAAGAGUCUCGGGAUCUUAAAAAAGGGAGCCAAAGCAAACUGUACGACGUCCUCCAAAACAUAUACAAUGCUGUGGUCAAGCUUCCCAAACCUAUCCGUCGUGUAUGUUUUGUACAGGUCUUCGCUUUCAUGGGAUGGUUUCCCUUCCUUUUUUACGCGACAACAUACAUAGGUCAAAUAAUGGCAUACCAAAAUGGAGUAGAACCUGAUAAGGAUGUCGCGACCAGACGAGGCGAAUUUGCACUGUUGUUAUACAGUUUAGUUGCUGUCGCUGCCGGAACACUACUACCACACCUAGCUCGUCGUGAUCGCCGAUUACUACCCCGGGAAGGUGAUAACGAAGAAGAGGAUUUCACCCGACUUAGAGCCCAUAUACGCCACUGGCAAGAAGAGGCAACACGACAUGGCAAAACCUUCAGGCUGCCUAGGUCGCCUAUUUUUUUGCGUGACAUAUGGACUGGUGCCUUGAUCCUAUUCACUGUUAUCACAUUUUCUACUUUCUUCAUCAGCACUGUCCCUCAGGCCACCGCCGCAAUAAGUCUCAUCGGUAUCUGCUGGGCUGUAGCUUGCUGGGUACCCUUCGCGAUUAUUAUGGAGUUUUUGAAAGAACUAGACAGUACACCUCCUGAUGAAAUUACUUCUCCUAAUUCUCAAGUUCGGGCGAUCUCUACAUCAGCUCCUUCUGUUUCUGAGACUGACCCUUUGAUUCAACGCUCCGUUGAUGGGUAUGAUAGUCAAAACACCGAAGCGGAAGUCGAGUCCACCCCCACAGCUGGAGGCACUAUACUAGGUAUUCAUAAUUUGGCCAUAGUGAUGCCGCAGUUCGUUGUGGCCGUGGUAUCCAGCGUAAUUUUCCGUAUCGUUGAUGAGUCUAGUCAAGAUCCCACCAAUCACGACACGUACCUCGGCAGAAAUGGCGUAGCGUGGGUUCUUCGAUUUGGUGGCUUCUGUACGCUGAUUGGUGCAUUGAUUUCUCGUAUGGUACCACUGACGAGAACGGAGAAAGGAAUGAGAAGACAGCUUGUCAUACUGAAAGAAUUAAAAGCAGAGUCUGCCCCAUAAUAAUCUUCACGGUUAUUCGUGUGUCAUCAUAUGGAAUCACUUGGAUGGACUGGAAGCUUUUGUAACACACUUUUCUAUUCUUUAUGGGGCCAGUAUAUCGUUGUCCAGUUCUUAUAGUCUUCCCUCUAGUUCUAAUCAUGGAAAAUACAUAGUGCAUAAUCCCAAUUGUUCGUGUCUUGGCUGCAUAUCAGUCGGCACGGUAUAGGACUGAUAGGCGGUACGACAUCUGAACCAAAGAUAUUCUGGACCAUCGAUAACCAUGAAUUGCCACCUGAGGAGCUAUAGAAUAAUCGAAUCGAUAACGUGCGUGACCACAAAUGACCGAGAGAAGGAAUCAUCUUGAGCUGCGAUGACAUCGAAGUAUGGUCACCCUUUACGAAAAUAAUACCGCAUGAUCCUCCUGAUUUUGUGUUCUCGAAACGUGAGACCUCCCAGUGAAUCAUAUUUUCUUGAUCAUGCAUGUCACCUGAUUCUACAAGAGGGGUCUGUGCUUCCAUUGUCUGCUCGCCGUCUUCAUCCUCUACUAGACAGCGACCACUGUGUAGUAAAUCUUGCUUUUCUACUAAUGCACCCUUGGGUAACGAUUUCACUACUAAGAAUAGUGCAGGCACACGACAGUGCUUGUAAUAAGUUUUGUAGGCUCGCUUUACAAGCUCAACGUCGUUCGAAUUGGCCAACCAGAAUAAAGCAGCUUGAGUAGAUCCGUCCCAUCC